AUGUCGGAUUGUGACUUUUUGUAUAAGGUGGUUGUGAUUGGAGAUUCAGGUGUUGGAAAAAGUAAUCUCAUCACAAGAUUUACGAAAAAUAGUUUCAAUUUACAACCAAAGCCAACCAUUGGCGUUGAAUUUGCUGCAAAGGCUAUUAUGUAUGAUGGAGCACGAAUAAGAGGCCAAAUUUGGGACACAGCUGGCCAAGAACGUUUUCAAGCUGUUUCUGCUGCUUAUUACAGAGGUUCACAUGGAGCAUUGAUUGUUUAUGAUAUUACAAACCGAGAGACGUUUGACCACUUAGAAAAAUGGUUUACCGAAAUUGGUAAACAAGGAGAAGAGGGUUGUAUUCAUAUUAUUAUUGGAAAUAAGUGUGACUUGUCGCAUCAAAGACAAGUGACAGUAGAAGAAGGCAGAAAUUUUGCAGAAAAGAAGAAUGUCAUGUUUAUGGAGACCUCUGCCCUCGAUUCAACUAACGUGGAAGAAGCAUUUUCCUUGCUUCUUCAAAAUAUUUACAAGACAAGAAAGCAAGUACCACCACCUACAACCAAUGGCAUGCGUUUGGAUGAUCAUGUGCCGUUGCCACAAGUGAAUGAUGAACCUUUGGGAUCAUGUAAGGUUUCAAUCGAUGUGUCACACCACAAAAGGCCGAAUACAUCUGCUCAGGCAUCCUCUUCUCAAUGUUGUAAAUAA